CCAAUUUGCUGUACAAAUGUCAAUUUUUUUCUAAAAUGAUAUUUACGCGCACUUAACAUUUAUAACAAGCCAUACAUGACGUUCUUUUAUAUAAUUGUUUCAACUAAAUCAUAAGUCAAAAAAUUUUUAAUUUUUUCAUAAGAAAAGUGGCCAAGUUUAUAUUCAUAAUAAAGAAUUAAAUUAUUAAAUAUUGCGUAAAUCAGUUGCUAGGCGAUUAAGUUUAUCAUCGCACAAAAUCCCAAGUCAUUUUAAAUAAUAUCCUCUAUUAUGUAUCCAUACUCUUCGUUGAGCCGGUUAGUAACAUCGUGAUUUGCUUGACACUGCGUUUUCUCCAGAUUUCAAAUAUCCCGAUAAUCUUUCGACCUUUGGCUUGUAGAAUUAUAAUUGAAUGAUUAAUGAACCCUUAUAUCAUUUUUUAUUUCAUCCGAAGCAUAUUAACUACGACUGAUAAAUAGAAAAAAAUACCAGAAAGAGAAUUUGAUUGAAAGCACGAACGUGUUGCAGAUUUCUUUUGUUUCGUGUGUAUAUUUUCGAUCUAUUCGAUACAUAAAGAUCGAUCCAGAUUUAUUUCAACAACUCGCGACUAUCGAAAUAUUAAAUUUUUAAAGACACUUAGCUACUGUAAUGAUAUUAUCGGCGAAAGCUGUAGACCUCUAUCUAAAACUGUCAUACCCGUUCUCCGGCGGGGAUUCACUAUUUCCAUUCUUUUGUAUCCCAAUUCAAAAGUUUCAAGUAAAAACAACUCGCGAAUUCUUAAUAAUUUAUCGUUGUAUUUUGAAACAUUUGCAGAUUCAUCAAAAUGUCAGCCACCACUAGUAAAACUCUUGAUUUGCCUUUGGCGAACGUCGCAACAGGAAUCGAGGAACGCCGAUGCAACUUGAUUUGUCGACACAGAGACCUUCGAGAUAAGAUUGCUACGAUAGAACGCUCUAUUCCGGCCUUGAUGGCGUUCAACCUGUGGAUGACCAAACCAAGAGACCAUGACCAAGAUACACCGUGCAAGAAAGUGCGCGAAAUCAUGAAUAAAUUGUCGCCGCAGCCGGAUCCUGCCGAUAAACUCCUCGCCGAAUUGAAGAGCACGGUCGACGAUCUUCAUCGAGAAACGGCACAGUUGCAUGAUAAGAUUAUAGAUGCAGAUGUAAAAUUGGAGGAAACCGGGAUGGAGUUAGAAUCUUUGGAAUUAGCUAACAAAGAAAUGGAGGAAAGACUAAUAGAAUUGCAAAAUGAAGUAGCGAAGCACAGUACACCCAGCCUACAUUCCAUUCACUCCGAUGAUCUGAUAUGUCUGAGAAAAAUUCGUCAGCUCGCCGAAGAGGAAUUGAAGCUGAAAAACUGCAUCAAGGAGCUGGAAAAUAAAGAAAUCACGUAUAGACGUCAAAUGAGCAAAUUACUGUCCUGCAAAAAAUUUCAGCGCGAUAACAGAAAGACGGAAAUAGAAAAAAAUAGUAAAAGAUUAUGUCCGCUGAAAGAUCGCAAACAUGAUGCAUAUGUGACAAAGAAAAAAUAUACUCUUAAAGAUAAGGGACGAAAGACUUGUUGCUCGUGUGCGACGUCAGUGACAUUAACCAAUUAUGAGGAAAUGUCGAAGGGAUCAUCCAAAGAGCGCAAAAAAAUGUGCCCGCCAGCUUCGUGCUGCAUCCCACUGGACAAUCGCACAAUCAAAUCUCGGGAUUACAAAGUAUGUUGCAAAUCUUGCCAACAAAUCUCUAUAUUUAAAUCCAAGUCUCCUUACGAAUCCUCAACAAAUCCUUCUUGCGAAUCUCUACAAAAUGUCAUCUCGAAAAUAGAUGUAGCACAAUCGCUCAAACGAUUAACACAAUCUUCUGUACCGUGUGUUCUUGGUAAGACGUGCAAGGAUUGCAAAACUUCUGCUACAUAUAAAGAAAUUAAUAUCUCUGAAUGUGAAGAACAAAGCGCACGCAAAUCAUCGACUAUACCCUGUGAUUGCAGCAUUACGCCGUUGGACAAAACUCGUGAAUUAACGAUUUCGGGAAUAUCAUAUUUGGGAUCAGAAGUUGAAGACAGUGAUAGUGAUGAGUUUUGCGAGUGUUGUUCUUGUGGUUGCGAAAAUUCAUCAAUAUGAUUAAUAUCUAAAUAUUUAUAUCAAACACUUAAUAAAAAAUGCUCAUUAUAUAAAAUCA